CCUCCCAUGCUCCCGGCGCGAGCUGGGCCGGCUCCUCUCGGGCCGGAGGGUCAGGGUCUCCCGAGCGGAUCGGCGGCCGGACGGGUCAGGUCCAGGGAGCAGGAUGAAGUACAUCCUGGUGACCGGCGGGGUGAUCUCGGGGAUCGGGAAGGGGAUCAUCGCCAGCAGCGUGGGCACGAUCCUCAAGGCCUGCGGCCUGCACGUUACCUCGAUUAAGAUCGAUCCGUACAUCAACAUCGACGCCGGGACUUUCUCUCCCUACGAGCACGGGGAGGUGUUUGUGCUGGACGACGGUGGGGAGGUGGACCUGGACCUGGGGAACUAUGAACGUUUCCUGGACAUCCGCCUCACGAAGGACAACAACCUGACCACCGGGAAGAUCUACCAAUACGUCAUCAACAAGGAGCGCAAGGGCGACUACCUGGGGAAGACGGUACAAGUGGUGCCCCACAUCACGGAUGCCAUCCAGGAGUGGGUGAUGCGGCAGGCGCUCAUUCCCGUAGACGAGGAUGGCGUGGAGCCACAAGUGUGCGUCAUUGAGCUUGGGGGGACGGUGGGGGACAUCGAGAGCAUGCCGUUCAUCGAGGCCUUCCGCCAGUUCCAGUUCAAAGCCAAGAGGGAAAACUUCUGCAACAUCCACGUUAGUCUGGUCCCCCAGCCGAGCUCCACGGGCGAGCAGAAGACAAAGCCGACCCAGAACAGCGUACGGGAGCUCAGAGGCCUCGGCCUGUCCCCGGACCUGGUUGUGUGCAGGUGCUCGAACCCUCUCGACACGUCCGUCAAGGAAAAGAUUUCCAUGUUUUGUCAUGUUGAGCCUGAGCAGGUGAUCUGCGUCCAUGACGUCUCCUCCAUCUACCGUGUGCCCCUGCUACUUGAGGAGCAGGGCGUGCUGGACUAUUUCCUGCACCGGCUGGACCUCCCUGUGGAGAGGCAGUCCAGAAGGAUGCUCAUCAAGUGGAAGGAGAUGACCGACAGGUACGACCGGCUGCUGGAGACCUGUUCCAUCGCCCUCGUCGGCAAAUACACCAAGUUCUCGGACUCGUACGCCUCAGUCAUCAAGGCCCUGGAGCACUCUGCCCUGGCCAUCAACCACAAACUGGAAAUUAAGUACAUCGAUUCUGCCGACCUGGAGCCCGGCACGCUGCAGGAGGAGCCCGUGCGCUAUCACGAGGCCUGGCAGAGACUCUGCAGUGCCAACGGCGUCCUGGUGCCAGGAGGGUUUGGUGUUCGUGGGACCGAAGGGAAGAUCCAAGCCAUCUCCUGGGCCCGGAAGCAGAAGAAGCCCUUCCUGGGCGUUUGCUUAGGGAUGCAGCUGGCCGUCGUCGAGUUUUCUCGCAACGUUUUAGGAUGGCACGAUGCAAAUUCAACAGAAUUUGACCCUAAAACAAGUCAUCCAGUGGUGGUGGAUAUGCCGGAGCACAACCCCGGUCACAUGGGGGGGACCAUGAGGCUCGGCAAACGCAGAACCCUGUUCCAGACCAAGACCUCCAUCAUGAGGAAGCUGUACGGCGACCAUGACUUUCUGGAGGAGCGACACCGGCACCGCUUUGAGGUGAAUCCGGUCUUGAAGAACUGCCUGGAGGAGCAGGGCUUGAAGUUCGUUGGCCAAGACGAGGAGGGCGAGCGGAUGGAGAUUGUGGAGCUGGAUGACCACCCAUUCUUCGUCGGCGUCCAGUACCACCCUGAGUUCCUGUCCAGGCCCAUCAAGCCCUCCCCGCCUUACUUUGGCCUCCUGCUAGCCUCCGCCGGGCGGCUCUCCCACUUCCUCCAGAAGGGCUGCAGGCUCUCUCCCAGGGACACCUACAGCGACAGAAGCGGGAGCAGCUCCCCCGACUCUGAAAUCACCGAGCUGAAGUUUCCAUCAGUCAGUCAGGACUAGAGCCAGUGUCCAUGCCCAGGGCCCGCGCCCUCCAGAUGCUCUGGCAGCACCGGGAGUUCAUGUCGAUGCUUCCUUCAACCUGGAUGUUUCUCCCCCGAAAUGAUGUUUUUAUCCCAUGACCUCCCCGCCGCUCUGACGUCUUCCGUGCCCGCUGCCUGCACCGCCCUCGGACACUGCUCAAGCGCUGCUUCUGCCCGGGUUUUGGGGCCCCGAUUCCCAAGAGGUGGUGGCAGUGGUGGUGGUGGUGGUGGUGGUGGAGGGCUGCAGGGGCCAGCCCCCAGUCACGCAGUAUUUAUGGCUCUCUGGUGCUAGCGGGCAGGCACGGUAGCUGUCAAUUGUGGGGUUUGCUGGGCUUGCCGGGCCGCAGUGCCAUGCCCGCGAGGGCUGGCCUGGCUGCGAGGUGACACAGACUCCUUGCAUCAUGGGCACUUCACGGGUGAGAACCUGUCUCCCAGAUCUGCCGGCCACCUGCCCGCCCACGUCCCCCCUCGCCCCCCACGUUCCCGGCCGGGCACCUGCACAGAGACAGAGGAAAGGCGGCCUUCCUAGUGAGUCCCGGGGACGGCGUCAGGCAGCUGGCCUCUGUAUCCCUGCUCACGGGACAUAGGUCCUGGUAAUGGACCAAAUAAAAAGCAUGGCUGGG